CUCUAAGGUGAGUCAAUCUCAAUCUUCCCAGUUUUCUCAAUUGUUGUCUUUACGCUGUUCUUUCUAGUAAUCCCACAAUAAAACAAAGAUAACUCUCUGCCUAUGGUUGUAUUCCUCAAAUUCCGCAACUUUUUCUGUACAAUAGAAUUCAGAAGAGUGCAAAGCCUACACCCAUUUACCCCAUUGAGUAGAUUUUGUCACUUUGAGUCGAAACUGGGCGUUAAUCCUUCAGACCCAUCAUUGUCGUUAGCACCAAAAAUUGCCCAAACUAAUGUCGCAAUUUUCUGGGAUUUGGACAAUAAACCACCAAAAUCGUUCCCACCAUACGACGCCGCUGUCAAGCUAAAGGCUGCGGCGUCUUCUCUUGGGGUUGUUAGGUACACGGUGGCCUAUGCGAAUCACCACACAUUUAGCUAUGUCCCGCAAGUUGUUAGGGAGCAAAGGAAAGAGAGGAAGAUGUUGAACCAGUUGGAGAAGGCGGUUGAGCGACAUCUUUGUCGAGUUUGCGGAAGGAAGUUUUACACGAAUGAGAAGCUUGUGAAUCAUUUUAAGCAAAUUCAUGAGCGGGAGCAGAUGAAGAGGUUGAGUCAGAUAGAGUCGGCGAGGGGGACGAAGAGGGUGAAGUUGGUGGCUAAGUAUUCCAUGAAGAUGCAGAAGUAUAAGAAUGCUGUGAGGGAUGUUUUGAACCCGAAGGUGGGGUAUGGUUUGGCCGAUGAGUUGAAGAGGGCGGGUUUUUUGGUUCGGACUGUGUCGGAUAAAUCACAAGCAGUCGAUGUUGCAUUGAAGAAUCAUAUGGUGGAUAUGAUGGAUAGGAGGAGAGUUGAGUGUAUGGUUCUUGUGUCAGAUGAUUCGUAUUUCGUGGAUGUUUUGAAGGAGGCGAAGUUGAGAUGUCUGAAGACAGUUGUUGUGGGGGAUAUGAAUGAUGGGGCUUUGAAGAGGGUUGCAGAUGCUGGUUUUUCAUGGACGGAAAUUUUGAUGGGAAAGGCUAAGAAGGAAGCAGUAUCGGUUGUUGGGAAAUGGAGGGACCGUGAUGUUUUGAAGAGAUUGGAGUGGACAUAUAACCCUGAGGUGGAGAAAAAGAUAUAUGAUUAUGAGGAUGAGGUUGUUGAGGACAGUGAAGAUGAUUGUGAAGGAACUGUUACUGGGGUAGUUGAUGAUAAUGUGCAUGAGGAGGAUAGUAAUGUUUGGUGGCAGCUGGAUUCUGAUGGUGAUGUUGUUUCUUCACAAUCACUGAAGAGAUUGGAGUGCACAUACAAUCCAGAGGUUGAAGAAAAACAUAUAUGAUUUUGAAGACGAGGUUGUUGUGGAGACUGAGGAUAGGGGGUUGAAGACUGUAUGCAAAAAGGACAGCCGUGCUUCGUUGGAUCUGGAUUCUAAUCCUGAUGUCGUUUUUUGAGUCAUGUAGAUGUAUCUAACAGUAUGCCCAAACUCCAGCCUAUCUGUUGAAUUAAACUUUACAGAAAAAUUGGGAUGUUGGGGGUGGGUUGUGGACUUCAUUUUGAAUUAUUAUGGAAUUUAACGUCUAUUAAGCAUCCA